AUGACAUUCGUCGAGAGUUUCGCCGAGUCAAUGAACAGUUUCUGCCAUGUGGAAUCGAGCCGAACCCCCGCUACGACAACAAACCUGAUCUAUGAUCAGGUAUCUGGGUCAAUCCAAAUGUGCGGUUUCAGCGCGGCUGAGUUUCUCUCCCCCCCAAAGACAUGGUCUGACUCAUAUUACGUUCUGUACGGCUUGGCAAACCCCCCUCACAAGAUUAAUUGGGCUCUAGACAGCAUCGAACUUGGUCACCUAGAGACCGUGAGAUUUCUUGUAGAGCAAGAGAAUGCGAUGAUCAAUCCAGAUGAUGGUCUUGAUCCUACUCCGCUACAACGAGCAGUUUCUAUUGGGUCUACCAAAAUCGUUCAGUACCUUCUGGCAAAUGCAGCUAAAGUCAACCACCGAGACGCCUAUGGUCGAACGCCUUUGUCAAUGGCACUACUGGAAUCAAAGAAUUCCAUCGUCAACGUGGAUCAAUACGCACGAGGGCGAACUCCUUUCUCACUUGCCGCGGGCAAGUCGCGUGUGGUGAUCAUGCAGUUGCUUCUUGACUAUCGAGCUGACCCACAUAAAGAGGAUGGCGACCAGCAUACAGGCUUUUGGUGGCUUCUUAAAGCUAGAUUAGAUCAUGGUAUCAGUAUGCCAAUCGAUCUUACACCACAAAAUCGAAUGGUUCCUCGCCACGACCUCGCCAAGAGUCCAGACUCGAAAGGAAAGGCCGAUGUCUUCCUUAGCAGCUUUCCGGGUAGCAGACUUCCAAAUGGUUGUAUUCCUCGCUCAGAGUUCGACAUUUUCGACCUUUUUCUGAAGCAUCUCAAGAGCAAAUGGGAUGAUGUCUGCCCGGUUGCUGUUGCAGAAAUCUAUGAAAUGCGAGCGAACCAAUUGAAACAAAGGGUUCAGGCAUCUGAAUUAAUUGAUGAGGUUGCUAAGAACACAUCGGUACGAAUGGAGAUCAGGAAAUGCCUACGAUCACAUGUUGGUAGAUUGAAAUGCGAGAUUGAAAUGGAUUAUCACCUCGAGGAAAAGGAUCAAAGACUGCUCGUUAGUCUUAUUACGGCUAUGGAGAUCUCUACUGUCAAAAGUUUGGAUUAUAUGGAACAGGCUGUUCGGGAGCUUGUGCAAUUGGAACUUGCAUGGAUUUCAAAAAAUGAGGCAGCCAGUAUCAAGUGA